CCCUCUUUUUUUAUUAAUCGUCUUUAUCGAUAUUAUCAUUGAUUUGUUUCUUAUUAAUUUAUUUUUUUCAUUCUUUUUUUUAAUAACGAUGACAACUUGACAAGCAAUGAAUUUGGCUAAUAAUCAAGUAAUCAUCAAAGGUACGUCCGCAAUAUUAUACUCCCUCCGAUCUUAUGAAUUAGUCCCAUUUCCUUAUUUGGCAAAACCUUUGAAUUAGUCCCAUUUCUAUUUUUGACAAUCCUUUUUUACUUAAAUAUCCUUAGUUCACACAAGUAAUUACGAAUAUACCCCCAUAUACCUUACUUACCCAACUACCCUUCACUACUUAUCCUUCACUACUUACCCUUUACUAUUUACCCUUUUUAAUGGACCCCACACAACCCUUAAUAUCCGUGCCCAAGCAAAUGGGACUAUUUCAUAAGAUCGGAGGGAGUAGUAUUUUUAUAUUAUAUAAAUAUUUAAAGAAAAAAUAAAAAUGGAACCGAUGGUCCGGCCCGCCCGUCCCGUGAAUUGGAACUGCCGGAACCGCCUCAUGAACCGCCAAGGAACCGUUUGGAACCGCCCGGAACCGGAACCGGUCGCGACAGGUUCCAAAUGGAACCGGAACCGGAUGGAACCGGAACAGAAUCGGCUCAACCCGGACCGUGGCAAUGCCUAGGUGUCAUAGAAAACAUAAGUUGGAAUUGGAGAAGAAAUGUCCAAGAAAUGUAGAACGGAGGCACAAAGAACAAUUUUACAAAUGGAUACAAAAUCAAGUAAGAAAAGCUUUUAAGUAAUACAUUGUAAAUGGUUUCCUUCUUAUGUUUGUCCAGUAAGCCAUUUUGCUAAUAAAGUAUGUUAACAUUUGUUCAUUUAGGUACAAAAAAUUUAUAUACUUGGACGCUGUGAUAAAGACUAGUACAAUUUGGUUUGUGGUCCUUCUAGAGUUGUAGGGCAUUACACAGCAUAUAUUGUAAAUGGUUUCCGUUUCCACACUAGUGAUAGGUCAGAAAAUAGGGAAACACAAAAUUCAGGUGUCAUGGUGCGUGGUGAUGAUGCUUCAGAUAAGGAAUACUAUAGCGUUUUGAGAGACAUAUAUCAAAUGCGUUAUCCUGGAGAAAAUCAUGUAUUUGUGUUCAAAUGCAGUUGGUUUGAUGUAGAAAACCUUGGUAGAGGGUAUAAGGUAGAUGAGCAUGGUUUGGUUAGUGUGAAUAAUAAUAGACUUUUAAAGUCGUAUGAUGUGUUUGUGCUAGAAUCCCAAGUGGAGCAAGUAUUUUACAUAGAAGAUGAAAACAAUGAGAAUUGGGAAUUUGUUAUAAAAGCACAACCAAGGGAUUUGUAUAAUAUGAGUGCUAGUGAUCUAGAUAAGGAGGGUAUAGAUGUAGAUGCCUUUCAACAAGUAGAGGUGGAAGCUAAUAUUGAAGCUGAAUGUACUAAUUGCGUACAUACUGACGAUUUUAGAGUUAGUUUGUCGUUGGCUACAAAUAUGUUUAUGCAUUAUAAAGGAGAACAUGUAGUGCAAAUGGUUACACAAAUAUUGGAAGAUGACAAUGUCAUUAAUGAUGGUGAAAUUGAAGUCUUUGAGAAAUCGAGUGAAGUUGAAGAAGAAAUUUGAUUUUGAUUCUUCUCCUUGAUUAUGUUAUGUUGUACAAUAUUUACAUUCAUUAUAUCUUUCUUGUUAUCUAUAUGAACAAUUCGGCUACUAUUGUUUAUUUUUUCCGCUCUAUCUUGAAAUAUAUUGUUUAUUGUUGAAGCUACCUUUUGUUUGAUAAUUUUGCAAAAAUAUCUGAAUAGAUAAAAGAUGGUUGGGAGAGGAGGGGGAAAGAAAAUAUGCAGUCGAAGUAUUGCCCCCGGAAAACUUAUGAGUCUUGUUCAAGCUAGUCGGAUGCAAUUGUUUAGCAAGCAAAAUGUAGCUGAUCAAUUCAAUAAUAGCUCUAACCCACACAUCACAGAUGAGAUUGCUCAUGCAGUUAGCAAAGAUUUGGAGAGGCAACGAACAACUUAUGAAGCGCAUAUAAACAAAGCAGCACCAACUGAAUUACCAGCAACUAAAUCGCCAACAACUGAUGCGCCGACCUUGAAUGACCAUAAUUUGAUUCACGGAGACGAUCUUCAAGGUUAUGAAGAAACUGCUACACCAAUCUUGAAUGACCAAGCAUCAGAAGGCGUCAUUACCUUAAUGGAUGAAAGCAUACUUGGUAAGAGAAAGAAUAGAAGCAACUUUGUUAGUAGAAUUGAAGUGGGCUUGCAAGUGAAUGAAGCUUUAGAUCCAUAACCAAGGCAAACUAUCACUCAAAAAGAGGUGGAGCAAGUUUAUGGUGAUGAGAUAGAUAGAAAUACAGGUAGUUAAGAGAGAUGGAGCAACUUUUUUAGAUAUUAUUGAUUAUUGAUUAUUGAUUAUUGUAGGCAUACUUGAUAAGUUUUAACAUUUGUAUUAUCUUAGCAACUAGUAAGAUCAAAGGAAGAGGUAAGAGAGGAAUGUAUAAGAGUUACGUGGUUGACAUGAAAAUUAAAGGGAGAGGAUCGAAAUUGAAGAUCACAAUACCUGAUAAAAUUGACCGAGCAAUUGGAGAAAAUGCUCGUGACUUGGUUAAUGAGCGUGGGCGUGUUGUGAGGACAAAAGCUCCAUUGAAUGUGAAAAGUUGGAAAGAAGCAUUUGAGGCAGCUGGAGAAAGUAUGUUGAAGGAAAUACAGGCAAACAUAUCUUCGUUGGAAAUUUUUCGUAGUCAAUGACAAAGUUGGUGAUAGCUGCAAGCAUUUUGGAUGCGCGAUGUUUUGGGUUAUGAAGUAACUAUAUGUGCACUUGUAAAUUUUUGGACUUUUUCAAAGUGCCUUUCACUUGUAAAUUUUUGCAUUAAAACUUGUAUAUGGUAGGAGAAUUAUUUUGGAAAAUUGGUUAUCCGUUACAUGUAUAUGAAUUACGUAUAUUUUUGACACACGAUAAUAUUUGGGACGUGUGAUAUUUUGGGAUACGAAUUAAUAUAUAAUGAUAAUCGGUGAUAUUAGUUUA